AUGACGACCGGUUUGAUGCGCCAUCUCUCGCGCACAAAGGCACACCGUGAUGCUAUGUUCAGAAAUUUGGUCUCUCAAUUGUUCCAGCACGGAUCUAUCGUUUCUACACAUGAAAAGUGUCUAGAAGCCAGUCGGAUGGCAGACAGGAUUAUCACCAUGGCUAAGGACCUUAAAAAGCACCCCAACUCUGCUAAAGAAAUCCAGUCCCGCCUGUCGCUGGCUGGAGACAACAGCAAGCUUCUCCAGCGCGUAACUGGGGAAUUAGCCCCACGUUAUAGAAGCAGACCUGGUGGCUACACUCGUGUGCUAAAGCUGGAACCUCGUUUAGGCGACCGUGCAAAGCAGAGCGUUUUGGAGCUAGUCGACUCUCCCGUUUUGGGCCAUGAUGGAGCUUUUCAGAGGGGCAAUCUUAAGCUGUGGUUACUUUGCAAAAACGCGAUUGCCAGCGAAUCUUCCAACACUGCAUACACGCCACUAACUCUACGAAAUUUCGCUAAGAUGCUCAAGUUCAAAUCCAACCGCAAGCAGUUUGUCAGCGAGCUUCUUGCAGUCAGGCGCUUCUUGAAGGACGAGAUGAGUUUACCCUGGAUUGAGGCCCAUGAACGCAAAACCACAUCUCAGCUUCUCAAACUAGCCACCGGGUCUGCUCUGGAGCCCCCCAAACAAGUAAAGCCAUUGGGCUACGUGGUGAUGGAAGAACGCCCUCAGCGCUGA